AUGUGUAUUUGCUCUGAUGCUGCUGCAAUCCGCGCGGAUGAUUUGCAGGCUGUCCAGGCUGCUCUGCGACGAUUUGAUCCGGACAUUGAAGUGGUUGAUACAGUCAGCCAUAGCUGGGCCAACGACGAAUUUUCGAAAGGUGGCUGGAUGAUGCAUCGGCCAGGGCAUUUGACUAAUGGGGCAGCACAGAUUCGUCAAGGACAUGGCCGCAUCCGCUUUGCUGGUAGUGACAUUGCAGGUCUCGAUGUUGGAGCAAUUGAGGGCGCGAUGGAGUCGGCUGCUGCUGCUGCUCGAGACGUUUCUCCUGUGCUUGCUACUUCUGGCGGGUCUCUACUGACCUCACGCCCUCGUAUGUAG